AUGAAUCGGAGCGACAAAGCUCAUACCGAUUUUACAUCUUAUCACCGUACCAUCGCGAGCUUCCCCAUCGUAACUUUCUCUGAUUUAUUUCAGUUUUGGAUCCGCGAUAAAGCAAAAGCACGUAUAAAGUGUGUCAAACCGUCUUGUCCUAUACGAAUACAUGAAAACGAUAUCAACGCAGUUCUAGACGAGCAAGAAGAUGCGCUGAAUCUUUUCAUGCCCCUCGAUCAUCGUCAAUAUUUGCAAUACUAUCACAACAAAGAUGUUAUAUACUAUGCAUUUGGUGGUAACGAAUACGUGAAGCAAUGCCCUUUGUGCAAGUCUAUGUAUAUCGAGAAAGAAGGAUGCAGCUAUGUCACAUGUGCCAACCUGAGGUGUCGCACCCGAUUUUGUUGGCAGUGUGGUGAGCCUAUAGAAAGCAUUAUGCACUUCACAGGUCAAACGUGUCGUGUUGGGUACGACGAUAUCGAGCGUGGACUGUUUUGGGUGAAACUUGCCGUUGAUGUACGGGCCUUCGCACUGAUUCUUUAUGUGCCUGUCUUCUUCCUCGCAUGCAUGGUUGGAAUCCCUCUGUACGUCUUGCUCGCUUUCCCCAGUUUCCUUGCUCAGCGUGUGUACAACAACGCUACAGUGAAGACGGAUUACCUCACCACUGCCGAAAAAAUAUUGGUAGCAUUCAAGAUGGUGUCAAUCUUCCUGGCUGGGAUACCUGUGGGACUGUUCCUGGCCCUAAACUCCAUUGUUACUGGUGGAACGAUCUUUGCGAUAUAUGUGGCAUUUACGGUGUUCAAGGCAAGUCCUUAUGCAAAGGUUAGUUAA